GACACGUCGGUCGGGGCUGGAGGAGGCGAGCUUCCCAGGCCAGGUCUGACCACCUUCCUGGGCCCCAGCGGCGGCAGUGCCCCGUCCCUGGCCAGGCAUCCUGCUUUGGAAGUCAAGCUCAGAGGCCCGGGUGCCCUCUGCCCCUGCGUCACGCCCCCAGCAUGCAGCCCCAGGACACCAGUGUGCAGUACAGCAGGUGGGAUGACGUCAGCAUGGGUGCUGUGUCCAGCACAGAGGAGGCCUCCGGCUGGGAGAGGCUCUCUGGGAAGCUGUGCUCAGGCAAACUGGGCGUCGCCAUGAAGGUGCUGGGAGGAGUGGCCGCCUUCUGGGUCAUCUACAUCCUGGGCUACAUCACCGGCUACUUCAUACACAAGUGCAAAUAAGUGCUGGCCGCAUGCCAUCAGGGCUCAGGCUGGGGGCACAUGGGGCUACAAGAACCCCUUCAUACACAGGCCCCAUGUACAUGCAUCCAUAUACAGACUCCCCACCACACACACAGACCGCCAGAUAGCUGAGGGGCUAUGUGUGUGGCCCCCUUCCCUCCCUCCCAGAGGCUGAGACCUGCCUGGAGGACAUUUCCCAGGCAGAGCAGGGAGCGAGGCCUCGGCCCUUACCCCAGAUGUCUUUCCUUCCUGGGCUGUGCACUCCCAGGGACAGCCCAGCAGGAGGGGGCGCAGAGCAUGCAAGCUCCCCAAAGCCAUCAUUAAACUCUGUUGAAUGAA